GUCAAUGUUAAGAAUUUUUUGGGUUAAACUUAAUUCUCAAAAUUAAAUAUUUUUUUUUUUCAGUUUCUCUUAUUCUAUUAGAGAUUGUAGUCCUUAAUAGGCUCAUAACCUUUCUUAUUUUUGGAAAUUCAACAUAACUAGUUAAACCGUCCAUUUCUUUCCUCUUUGUGAACAUGUUUGACCAUUUCAUUACUUCACCUUUCUUCCCUCUCUAUCUUUCCUUUCAAAAGAAAAAAGGUCAAAGAAACCUUCAUCCAAAUUUCAUACCAAGUUCAAGAACAAUCAUGACUUCGAAGAAAGAAUCAGAGGAUUCAAUUACAACCAAAGAAGAGUCAAGAAAAUGGAUGCUUGAAGGCAUUCGUGUUGAUAGAUUGGAAGAUGUACCUCUAAACAAUGAUCAUCAAACAACCAUUCCUAACAAUGUUAACAAUGUACCUUCACCUUCCGAAAGGUUUUCGAGCACUUUUUCUAUUGGGAUACCUGUUAGCAGGAAUCAAAGUACUUCAUCCACUCAUGAUGCAGGAUAUCAAAGGAACUCAAGUGCCUCCUUAGGGCAAGCCAUGAGUAGGAUUGGUUCCAAGAUGCAAUCUUUCAGAAGACUCAUGAGCAGUGCUAGGAAGAGAAGUGCUGGGCCACCAAACAUUCCUAGGAUGCAGAGGACCACCUCUUCUGCCACGAAAGGGCUUCAAAGUCUACGGUUCCUUGAUCAAACAACUGCUGGAAAUGAAAAUGAUUCUUGGAAAUCCAUUGAGAGGCGUUUUAACCAACAUGCCAUUAAUGGGAAACUCCCUAAAGAUAAAUUUGGUGUCUGUGUAGGGAUGGGUGAUACAAAGGAAUUUGCAAUGGAAGUGUUUGAUGCAAUAGCAAGACGAAGAGGAAUAAGCACAGAAAAUGGGAUUACCAAGGAUGAGCUAAAAUUGUUUUGGCAAGAAUUGACUAGUGGAGAUCUUGAUUCUCGGCUUCAGAUAUUCUUUGAUAUGUGUGACAAGAACGGGGAUGGGAAACUAUCAGAGGAAGAGGUAAAAGAGAUCAUAGCAUUGAGUGCCUCUGCGAAUAAGCUUGGAAAACUUAAGGAGCAAGCAACAACAUAUGCUAGUUUGAUCAUGGAAGAGCUUGAUCCAGAUCAUCUAGGUUACAUAGAGAUAUGGCAGUUGGAGGUUUUAUUAAGGGGAUUGGGAGCUUCUGAUGAUAACACCAAGUUGAACAAGAAAACACAAUCCCUAGCAAAAGCAAUGAUCCCAAGAAGAUACAGAAAUCCAAUAAGCAAAUACUUAACAAUGACAUCAGAUUUCCUAAAUGAUUACUGGAAGAGAAUAUGGGUGAUUUCAGUAUGGUUAUUCAUAAACUUGUUCCUUUUUUAUUGGAAAUUCUAUGAAUUCUAUGGGUCAAGCACAUACCAAAUCACAGGAUUUUGUGUCUGCAUUGCCAAGGGUUCUGCUGAGGCACUUAAGUUUAACAUGGCUCUCAUCCUACUCCCAGUAUGCCGACGAACUCUUACUAAGCUCAGAGAAUCAUUUCUCAACAAAUUAAUCCCUUUUGAUGACAAUAUAAACUUCCAUAAGUUAAUAGCCUUGGUAAUAGCAAUUUGGACUGCCAUACAUACCAUAAUGCACCUUGUCUGCAAUUAUCCAAAACUGUCUUCAUGCCCCAGGGAUAAAUUCAUGGCAUUUGUUGGUCCUGUCUUUGGCCACAAGCAGCCAAGUUAUGGGGACCUAAUGUAUAAUACAGUAGGCAUUACUGGGGUUCUUAUGAUCAUCAUAAUGGGAUUUUCAUUCACACUAGCGACACACUCUUUUAGAAGGAACGUCAUCAAGUUACCAUGGCCGCUUAACAAUUUGGCUGGCUUCAAUGCCUUCUGGUAUGCUCACCAUUUGUUAGUCUUGGCUUAUGUCCUCCUGAUCUUGCAUGGUUACUUCCUCAUGCUCCCAAAACCUUGGUAUUUGAAAACGGCAGUGAUAUAUAGUGGAAAUGUUCUGGCAUUGUACAUGACAAAGCCUCCAGGAUUUAAGUACAAAAGUGGGAUGUAUCUGUUUGUCAAGUGUCCAGAUUUAUCAGGUUUUGAAUGGCAUCCCUUCUCAAUCACUUCUGCUCCAAAAGAUGACUACUUGAGUGUCCAUAUUCGAACCCUGGGAGACUGGACUACAGCACUCAGGAAAAUAUUCGCAAAGGUCUGUGAGCCUCUAACUGUGGAACCAAAACGAGGAAACCUAAUGAGAAUGGAAACUAGAGAUAUCAGAAAAUCAAACUCAGAAAAAGACAAUACAGAAGCAGUAGCAAUGUUUCCUCAAAUCUUCAUCAAGGGACCGUAUGGAGCCCCAGCUCAAGAUUAUAAGAAGUAUGACAUUCUUUUGCUAAUUGGCCUGGGAAUUGGGGCAACCCCAUUCAUUAGCAUCAUCAAAGAUCUUUUGAGCCACAUCAAGCCCGGAGGGCCCUUGACUGUGAGUCCAGUAGAAAAUAAAAUGCCAGUUUGCAUGGCAACAUGUGAUCAGGGUUGUUUUACUAUUAAAUCAAGACCUACACUCCUACCACUGGAUCAAGACUCUGUUAUGUCUUCCAUCAAGCCCAAGAAAAGGUACCCUCAAAGAGCCUACUUCUAUUGGGUUACUAGAGAACAAGGGUCCUUCGAAUGGUUUAAAGGCGUCAUGAAUGACAUUGCAGAGUUUGAUAAAAAUAAAGUCAUAGAGAUGCAUAACUACUUGACAAGUGUGUAUGCGGAAGGAGAUGCCCGAUCAGCACUGAUACAAAUGGUGCAAAAGAUUCAGCAGGCCAAAAAUGGACUUGAUAUCUUCUCAGAGAGUCGAAUAACAACCCAUUUCGCUAGACCCAACUGGAGGAAAGUUUUCUCAGGAUUGGCUAAUACCCAUCAAUCUUCUCGAAUAGGUGUGUUCUACUGUGGAAGUGCUACACUUACAAAACCAUUAAAGAAACUUUGCAAAGAAUUCAACUUAGAAUCGUCAACAAAGUUCCAAUUUCAUAAGGAGAACUUCUAAAAUUAAAUCAACAACUCCCAUUUUGAAUAUACUUGGGGUUUUUCAAAUUUUAAAACUGUACAGAUCAAUUCACACACUCUGCACGUAUAUUACUUUCAACACAAGAAAUUAAAGUCAAAACCAUUUUUCUGCAUUUCUCUUUUUUGUACUUAUUUUCGUUUAAGUUUUGUCACGAAAUUAUAAACAGUAGUUUGCUGG